AUGGAUAAACGUUUACUUUUGAAAAUCCUCUCUUUCAUAUUGCUCUCCACGCUGGUGGCAGCCCAGCAGCAGCAACAGCCCACAUUGCCCCAGCAGCCAACACAACAGGGUGACUAUGGUGAAGAACCGCCGGAAGGAUAUUAUGCAUUUGUGGAGUCACCCAAUGCCAUACCGCCCAAGGUGAGACCACCACCCUAUACCCACGUGAAUGUGGAUUGUAAAAAUGUGGCCAAUAAUAAAAAGGUGGCCGUAUCGGUAAAUAACAUUUGUGGCGAUUUGAAUAAGGGACAAAUCCCGAAAAAUCCUAUGAAACAAAAUGUGCUGGGAGAACCCUAUCCAUUUGAAUUGAUUAGGAAUCACACUUUGAAAUUCCUCUCCAAAACGUUGCCGGUACUGCAAGCAGAUGAUACCCUACCCAAAGUUACCCAAAUCCUAAGAGAUGAUCCUGUCGAACAGGUCGACAAUAAUAACAUAGAUCAGCAGCAAUAUGGUGGAGGUGUUCGUAAUAAACGUGAAGCAGUGGCGCCCAAAUUGGAACCCACCAAUGAAAAUCAUAAUUAUGGUUAUUUUGAUCCCGCUAUUGAUGAAGAGGAACGGGCCCAAAAAUCCAAAGUCGAUGCUGAUCGAAAAUCUCGUAAAUUCUGUGAUGGUGGUGGCAUUUUCUGUUCGAUUUACAAAGCCCUGCAAGGUGACAACUCGCACUCGGCGCCCUCAGCAUCCCCAUUGACGGCCGAGAGACGUGAAGAAAUUGGUCCCAUACGUUAUGAAGGACCACCCACCCCCUGCCCGGCCAAAGUAGAAUAUGCCACUCCAGUGUUUGCCAAAAAUUAUCAAGGCUCUUGGCGUUAUGUUGUACAAAUUCCCUAUGAAGGAUACUUCACCCAAACUAUCGAAGUUACACGCUGCAUUCAGGCUAGAUGCCAUUAUUUGGAUGGUGGCUGUUUGUCAUCACCACGUUGGGUUAGUCUACUGGUUGCGGAAAUCUUUUAUCCCAAUGCUGAGGAUACUGUACCUCAACCCUCGACCACAACUCAAGCUCCUUCGGUACAAGAUUUCCAAGCCUAUCAACAAUAUUUGCAGAAACGUGCUGGCGUGGCCACAGAUGGGGCUAAUCACAAUAAUGCCGAUUUUAAUCAACACUGUGAUGGCCACGAUGAGAUUGGUUGUUUCCAGGUUCGUCUCUACUAUGAUUGGUUCUUGAUUCCUGGCUCGUGUAAAUGUUGGCGUCCUGAUUAUUUUGCCAAAUAUGUUCGCCGGAAGUCGGUGGCUGAUUUGUAA